AUGUCGCUCAAGAAGCCAGAGCACCCAGCCAUCCCAACACAAGCCUUGAGGCUCUCCGGGAAUAGUGCUUCUGUGCACAACUACGUACCUCACGCAAACAGAGAAGGCAAAUCAUUCAUUCCCAUGGCCGUCGACGUUCCCAUCAAAUACGUCCUUCAGUCUCUGCCUUGCAGCCUGCCAGUCGCCCGAUUUGAUGCAUCUGUUGACGUCGAAAGCAUAGCGAUUCCAUUCAUUAAUUCGUUAGAACAGCUGGUUCCCGAUGUCCUAGCCACCAAUCCUGUCUGGCGCGAUUUGUUUGCACUGACGGGGACCUUGCGGACUAUUUACUCUGCAAACUCUAUCACGACCGCGUGGACCAAAACCCUCACACUUCGAGGGGCCCAAGGCUUCAAGUUGAUCCCAGGCUCUGGGGCAAUAGUUCGACCUAAUUCGACUAUCGGGUGGAUUCAACUUGCCUUUACUUUCUCGGUGUCAAGACCACCAGCAGCUGAAUGUCGUGGAUUUCUCACACUGCUUCUAGACCAGGAUGGGGAUUGGAAAAUCUGGACCAUAAGAACCAUUCUUGAGCAACUGGUUGGCUGCCCAAAUGUUGACUUUCUCCCGACUGUCCCUGCCGAAGUUCUGAACAGCAGAUCGACUCCCAGUUUCAAUUCCCAAGCCACGAUUGUAAAUGGCACGACGCCAUUGCCCAACGAAGGAGGUGUCGACCAGGCGCCUCCGCCAUUGGACUACGAUGUUGUUAUUGUUGGAGGCGGACAAGCUGGUCUAAGCACGGCAGGCCGUUUACAAGCUCUCAACAUCCGUUAUGUUGUUCUCGAAACCCAUGAACACGUGGGAGACAAUUGGGCAACCCGAUAUGAGUCAGCCAGGCUACACACGCCUCGGGACUACAAUCACCUGCCUUUCAGCCGCACGUUCGAUCCCUCGUACCAGGACUUCCUCGACAAGUACGAUCUUGUCAAAGGCUACCAGUACUAUGUCCGCAUAUUCGGCAUUGAGAAGAACAUCCAGUUCCAAAGCACCCUUACAGGCGGAUCCUGGAAUGCAGACCGUAGAAUAUGGACGCUUCGAGUGUCCAAAUUAGGAAGCGAACAGAUCCUAACAUGCCGCCACGUUGUUAUCGCUGUUGGCGGUGGAGGACAAACACCGCUGAUGCCUGACUUUCCCGGCCGCAAAGAGUUCCACGGUGAGGUGCUGCACUCCGUUGACUACCGUGCCGCCGACCAGUGGCGAGGCAAAUCGGCGAUCGUGGUUGGAACGGCGAACACAGCUCACGACGUGGCUGCUGACAUGGUUGACGCUGGCCUCAAGUCGGUUACAAUGGUCCAACGGAACCGCACAUAUGUGCUUCCUGCCGAAUACUACAAGAUCAUCUCCGAACGAAUGUACAAUGGAAAGACGCCAAUUGAAGAUGCAGACAGGGCACAGUAUAGCCAGGUGACAGCAAUAUCACGCCUACUCAGUAUGGACGCUUUGAACACCAUGGCAAGCAAGGAGCCCGAGAGGUUUGACGCACUUGAGAAGGUGGGGUUCAAGGUAGAGCGAUACGGCGAUAUUAUCUACCAACUCACUGAGAAACUUGGCGGGCAUUACAUGGAUAUCCGAAUCAAGUCAGAUUCUCUGGCAACACACUUUACAUCCAAUGGCCUGGCAUUUGCGGACGGCAGCGAGAUUGCUGCCGAUGUAAUUGUUUUCUGCACAGGAUUCAGAGGCAACAUGCGGACCAACGUUGAAGAGUUAUUCGGCAAGGAAAUUUCUGCACAAGUAGAUGAUUUCUACGGGCUGGAUUCCGAAGGGGAGCUUAAGGGCGCCUUUAAGCCAACAGGUCAUCACGGUCUUUGGUAUAUAGGAGGGCCAAUCGGCCACAGUCGUUACUUUUCGAGACACGUCGCUCUCCAGAUCAAGGCUGACCUCAUGGGCACACCAAUGCCAAUCUACCAUGGCGAGGGGAGGUCUGAGAAGGACGAAGGUUGA